AUGUCAAAUAUCACAAAUGUUACCGACUUGUAUCCCCCGUAUCCCGCAUACGCAGGCGACAUGUCAGUAGGAGAAGUGUCACCGGAGGAUCUCUUCUUCUUUUCCCCUGGACUGAGCUCACCAGUCAGGCGAGGUCCCGAUGAUGAAGUGCCAAUCUUGGUCGAAAGAGCAAGCCAGGCCACGGCUCUCAACCCAGCGGUCAACGACUUCGUGGUGGGUCAUAAGGCUGGCUUUCUCAGAUUGUUCAAUCGCCAAAUCAACCUCAUCAGAUCACGCUCACAAGCUUUCGAAGAUGGUCAUAUCACUGUUUUCGACAAGACACUUCUGAAACUCACUCAGAAUGGCACUGAUUUGGAGAAUCCUGCGGCGAUUCAGUACUAUUGUGAAGAAUUUCUCGGUAUCCAUGUUGGUGCAAGCACUGCUGAGGCGAGCAGAGUCCUGAGCCAAGCAAUCCAAGUGCCAGAACUCUUGAUCUUUGGUAGUUGCCUUCAAAUGUCCUCACGUGUUAGCUUACCUGACUUUGAUUUCACAGAGACAUCCGCCCUCAUCAACAGUGAUGUCAAGACCGAAGCAGACGACCAUCAACCUGUGGCAGAAGAGAUGGAACCAAUGUUGAAAAGACUGUGGGAAGUCUAUGAGAAUGCAAAGUCGGAUUACUUUGCGAGAUCAGACAGCAAGAGCGACGACCUGAUCGGAGCAGCCAAAUUCCUGCGUGACACGGCCGAGAACACUCAGCAGUAUCUGACCGACAAACCCAUCGACCCGAACAUGUUGGCAGAGCUUCAAUCCACGUAUGACAUGGCCAAGGCGACAGUGGUAUCGCUGAGUGGCGGGAAGAAACGCAAAUUUGACGAUGUGGACAAAGAACUGAGCAAGGAUGCACCGCGUGCACCUGCCAACAGCAAUCAAAGCCAGAGGCGCCGUGCACAGUCAGGCCAGUACCCAUCUCGAAGCUCGGACAGCGGCUAUGGUGCAGGCGCGCCUUCUCUGAGGGACAACAACGCAGACAUCGAUCGUGGUCAUGACAGAAUUCAAUAUCGAACAUUGCGUCGUCGAAGCUCCAGUCCACGAGAGUAUCCAGACCGUUCGCCAGGAAGCCUCCGUGACCGUGAUCGUGAUCGCGAGGAACCAGGACAUCGUGGGGCAUACGGUUCGAAGCGUGGCUCGGGACACAGGGCCAGACCCUAUGGAUAUCGGAGAGACAGAGAGGUCGAUUCGUAUCGGCCGCGUGAAUACAAGGAUGACAUGUCUGAUGGAGGUUAG